AUGGGCCGCUGCAAGGCCACCGCCCGGCGUCCUCGUCCCGAUGCGCCUCACUUACACAUCAGACUUGAUGAUUUGAUGCCAACAUCAUUCGUUGAAGGGCUUAUUAGUCUCAUGAGUUCCGAAAAUGAAACCCCAGAUCAACCAUCAUCGUCCCAGGAGAAUGGGCCACCUACAAAGCGUCGUAAGACCGAGUCUUCAUUAGCCUUGAAUGCUAUACCUAUCGCAAAGAAAAGAAUUACUAUUUCUCGCCCUUGCGCAGGGACCUCUUCCAAAAGCCAAUCAUUUGUUUGUAAGAGCGUUGAUCGCUACAUAAACAUUCGUUUUAUGGACAAUCGACUUCGCAUGAAGCCGCGGAAGGAUUGCACAUUGUUGGAUGUUGCGGUCAGGCUAAGACGAGCGGAAGAAGAUGACCAGAUGAAGAUUGCUUGCGUCUUGGAUAGCAUCUCCCAGCGAGCGUCACAGCCGAAUGCGCUAUGGAGCACAUUCGACUUGGAACUUGAGUGGCAAGGAAAGCAGGUUGAGAUGACUUUCUGUCGCAAUUUCUACUGGAAUGAAUCUCCAUCUCCGCACUCUCAAUACAGAUCGUCAACAGAUCGCAGCAGCAGUCAGCCAUUCAUUGACUUGCUACUGCGUGGCUCGAUCUCGACAGGCACAUCUAAUUGGACUUCAACUUGGUCUCCCAUGGACUUUUACGAAGCGGCUUUUGUCCCUCAAAAGGACGAGAAAACACCUGAAACUAUUCAAGUCGAUGCUUUGGAAUCGACAUUAUUCCCAUACCAAAAGCGCACACUGCAGUGGUUACUGCAACGUGAAGGAGUGCAGUGGUCGGCAGAUAUGCGACGCAUCAUCCCAUACGUACCUGAAAAUCAGGAUAGCGUAUACGACUUCAAGAAAAUGACGGAUGUGGCCGGGAAUGAGUACUACUUGAGCGAAUUACUCCAUACGGUGACAAGAGAUAUUUCGCUAUUCCGACAAGCUGAGGCUUCCGUCAAGGGCGGCAUUCUGGCAGAAGAGAUGGGCCUUGGUAAAACCCUGGAGAUACUCGGCUUGAUCUUGCUUCACCAGCGAUCUCGACCCUUGAUUCAAAGUGAUUAUGAGUCCCAGGCCAAACUGACGCCGAGUGGUGCUACGUUGAUCGUGACACCCCCAUCGUUGAAAGAGCAAUGGGCGUCCGAAAUUGCACGUCAUGCACCGAGCUUAAGUGUCAAAGUUUAUGAGGGUCGGAAAAGGAUAUCGGAAGCGGACGAGCAACAGGCCACAGAUGAACUUGCUGGCCAUGAUAUCAUUCUCGCAACAUAUCCGGUACUGUCCUCUGAGCUUCACUUCACGACGGUACCUCCAGAGCGUUCACGGCGGCACGCAAGAGUUUAUGAUCGACCCAGUUCCCCCCUCGUGCAAAUCUCGUGGUGGAGGAUAUGCCUUGACGAAGCUCAGAUGAUUGAAAGUGGCUAUAGCCAGGCCGCGAAAGUGGCUCGUGUUCUUCCUCGGAUAAAUGCGUGGGGUAUCACAGGAACUCCGGUGAAGAAUGACGUUGAGGAUCUUCAGGGCUUGCUCCUUUUCCUCCGGUACGAGCCCUAUUGUUCUGUGAACCAGAUAUGGCAAGAUCUGAUCCGUCAUCACAAAUCCGUCUUCCAGCGCCUAUUCAACAGAAUCGCUCUUCGGCACACAAAGUCAAUGGUUAGAGACGAGUUGGUUCUGCCAUCCCAGAAACGCUUUGUCAUCAGUAUGCCCUUUACUGCCGUUGAAGAACAGCACUACCAGUCCCUUUAUCGAGAAAUGGCGGAAGCAUGUGGGCUGAGCCUCGAAGGAGCGCCAAUUGUGGAUGACUGGAAGCCCGGGGAUCAUGAAGAAGACAUGAGAACUUGGCUGGUUCGACUCAGGCAGACUGCGCUGCAUCCUGAAGUUGCAGGUUAUAACCGCCGAACUCUCGGCAACAGCAAAAAUCGGCCCAUGAGGACCGUUGACGAGGUUUUAGAUGCUAUGCUAGAGCAAAGCGAGAGCGCGAUUCGAUCAGAUGAGAGAGCCUAUCUAUCUAGUAAACUGACACGAGGUCAACUAUACGAAAACAGCCCCCGAGUAAAGGAGGCACUGGAAAUAUGGUUGUCAGUACGAGACGAAGCUCAAAAACUAGUUUCCAAAGCCCGUGAUGAGCUCAAAUCCUUGGCUGUGUCAAGAAUUAGGCCCACCAGUCACGAGGACUCUGAUAUCGAUGAUGAUUCUGAAGUUGAGGAGAAAGGCCAACUGUUUGAGAGUCGGCGGAGGCUUCGUGGAGCAUUAGAGAUGUACCACAGGGCCGUCUUCUUUUGCGCGAAUGCAUAUUUCCAGAUCCGCGAAAAUCCAGAAAUGACUGAGCCCGAAUCCGAGGAAUUCUCACGUAUUCAGAAGUUGGAAGAUGAGCACUACGAGGAAGCAAAGGCUAUUCGAAGGGAAAUCCUACAAGAGCCUCACCACAAAGCAACCCGCCUAAUGGCGAAGGUGGCACAGAAAGCAUCCGAACAAUCCUUUGUUGAGAUUCCGGAGCUCACAGUUGAUGAGGAACGAGGUAUCGAGAGCGGUCGCAUCGUCGAUGAUCUAGAAGCAUUGUACAACGAACUGAAUGACCAAGCAAAUGUCAUUGAUGAAUGGAGGGAACGCCUCGUCGGGCUGGUUCUGAAGCCUUUGGUUGAUGAGGAGGACGAUGCCGAAACCACUGGAGAUGAAUACGGCGAGUCAGCCAAGAUUCAGGAUGAACUCAUGGUUUAUGUUCAAGCUCUUCGAGCUAUCAUUGCUGACCGACAGGAUGCUUUGACUGGACAGACUAACGAACUGAUCAAGCACGAAACACAAACGUCACUGAGACUCGCAGCCAACGAAGAAGGGCCUGCUCCCGAAAAACUCAUUGAGCUUCUUGCAUUACGAGAUCAAAUCAAGCCACGAUCAACAUCGAUGCGGAAAGCUAUCAGCGAGUUUCGAGGCUUGACAUCAAAGUUGGCAAGGGAUACCACACGAAGCAUCCUAGAAGGUAGAAUUGCAGAUCGACAGCUCAAAGCAACGCAAGCAAUUUUGAACACACAGAGCAAGCUUACUGCUGCUCUCGAGGCCGAGGUCGACAAGUUCAAGAACAUCAUGAACCUUCGCCUGGAGUAUUAUCGCCAAUUGCAAGUAGUCUCUGACAGUGUCCUCCCCCACGAGGAACCUGUCACCGAAGAACUCAUGACGAGGAUGAAGACGACUGAGGAAAAUAUGCGGCAAAGGCUGUCUGCAGCAGAAGCCAAACACAGGUACCUCCUUCACCUCAAGGAAGCCGGAAACAAGUCUAAUGAGCCGCGAAUGUGCGUUAUCUGCCAGACCAACUUCACCAUUGGUGUGCUCACGCAACUGAAAGUGCAUAGCGAUGAUCCAAGCCAAGCUCAAGAUGGUACGGAGAAUAGCCUUGAAGAAAGACAAACCGGCUCGCCAAAGAAAACCGGGAUCUACUCCGAAUUCAACUCGGACAAGCUGGCUGAGAUACAGAAAAUCGAGCUGGACGGCCCUUCGUUCACCACGAAAGUUGAUACGCUUGUGAAACAUUUGAUGUGGCUACGAGAGUCUGACCCUGGCGCAAAGUCAAUUGUAUUCUCGCAAUACAAAGGAUUUCUGGGGAUUUUGCGUAACGCUUUUUCAAGAUUUAGGAUCGGCUAUGCCUCCAUUGACGAUCCCGAUGGCAUCAAACGGUUUAAGGAGGACGCCUCAGUCGAGUGUUUUCUUCUUCAUGCCAGGGCGCAUUCCAGUGGCCUGAAUCUGGUCAAUGCAAGCCAUGUUUUUCUCUGUGAACCUCUUCUCAACACCGCGCUCGAGCUCCAGGCAAUUGCACGUGUGGACCGGAUUGGUCAAAUGCACGAAACAACUGUAUGGCUCUACCUUGUGUCAGGGACAGUCGAGGAGUCGAUUUACAAUCUUUCGGUCCAGCGGCGAAUGGAGCAUAUGGGCCGUGUCAAUAAGGGCAAGUCAAAGGAGUCGACACCCGAACUUCUCGACGUGAAUAUUGAGGCAGCAAACACUCUAGAACUUGAGCAAGCCUCACUUUCACGGUUGAUGAGUAAGGAUAAAUCGGCGGGUGAGAACGUGGGAAAUAAUGACUUAUGGGAAUGUUUGUUUGGGCACGUUGCUCGCAAAGACGCAGGGCCCGAAAAGGAUAUCAGGCUUCAGGAAAAGGCUGUCAUGGGCUACUUGGCAGCAGAGGCAGCCGAAGAGAGAAUGGACAGGAACGAUUAG